AUGGCUCGCACGCGGAGAUCGCGUCAGGCCGCCGAUGCUCCCGCUGCCAGCGUGCCAGCCCAAGGCGACACUGAACAGCAAGCCGCCCCUUCCAAGCGACAAGAAUCCGUCGACAACGCCUCUUCCGCUGCCGGUCCUUCGCGCGCACCACCCGCCUCUUCCAUCCGCAACACCAGCGUCGACUCUGUCGAGAUUGGCCGGCGCGCGCUGGAGACGCCGUCGCUCCGCCGCGACACCACCGGUCUGGACCUCGCCGACGACAGCGUCUUUGGCGACUUGGGCGACAGCUUCGCCGACGUGUCGGACGUGGACGACCGGGCGGCGCCGCGCUCGGCAUCGACCACGCGCUCCUGGAGCACGUUCAAGCCACGCUCGCGCGCGUCGAGCUUCGUCGGCCGCAACGAUCCCCCGAUCCGACCCAGCAGCCGCGGCGGCGCCGUCAACAACUCGGCCCUGACGACGUCAUUCAGCAUUGGCGCGUUCCGUCGACGGGCGAGGGAGCCCAGCAUCCUGGGCACCACGCGCAAGGGACCGCGCUCGGAGACGUCGAGCCGCGGUGGUGGUGAUGGUGCGCAGUCGGAUCUGGAGAGCGAGGGCGAGGAGCUUUUGCCGGACGCCGAGUCCACGCCGCUGCACACGGGGCGUCGCCGCACACGGGCCAGCCUGGCGUCGAAUGCCCCCGUCGCUGCCACCGCUGCCGUCCAGAGGAGAGCUGUCUCGGCCAAUGUGAGCGCAGGGCCAGCGACGAGGAAGCGAAAGAGCGAGGCGGCCGCGGCCGAGGAGCGGGCUGCCAAGACGACAAGGACGGUGGAAACGGAUAGUGAUUCGGAGAUUUCCGAUCUGGACUCGCCACAAAUGCCGCCGUCGACGCCCGUCCGCCAGCGAGCAAUGACCCCCGUCAACUUGGACGAGAUCAACGCGCCACCCGCAAGCAGCGGUUCCGAGGAUGAGGGCGAUGUUUGGCCCGACAUUCACGCACUGGCGAAGCGUCGCCGGCGUCCAUCCUUCACGACGCCGCUCCGCGCUGCCGCUGGCGAGGACGACGAGAUUCUGUCCGACAUUUCGUCUCCCCCGUCAUUGACGCACUCCCCCAACCAUGAGAGCCGCACCGUCCCCCGCGGUCGUGCUCCUCUGCGGGCUCCUCAACCAAAGCCUCUGAUGACGGCCGACCUGGCCAAUCUACUGCCUAAGAGAAAGUACAAGAAAACACGUCGCGCGGGCGCUAACAGCGACGAGGAGGAGGAAGAGGAAGAAGUCGAGGAGGAAGACGAGGAAGAGGAAGAGGAAGAAGUCGAGGAGGAAGACGAGGAAGAAGAAGUACCCGUGACGCGCACGCGCGGUGGCCGUAUCAGUCGUCCACCAAGCCGCGCCGCCUCUGCCUCUGGCCAGAAGCAGCAGGGCGGCACACCGGCCCGCCGCACGCGCAGCGCGUCCAAGCACAAGACGUACGGACGUCGCUCGUCAGACAAAGAAAACAACUCGGACGAUGAAGAGGUCGAGGACGACAGCCAGUUCCAGCCGCUCGCGGACGACACGUUUGAGGACACAACGGCGGCCGCCGCGCCAGACUUUCAGUCGAUAGACGAGCUGAAGCGCGCGACCAAGAAGUUUAGCGAGGUGGACAAGUGGCAGCUUGAGUACGAGGAGCUAUCUGAGGGAGAUUCGCCGACGGGAGCGCGGUAG